GGUUGCGCGUCAGCCAGGCUCUUAGAUGCACCUAUCGCCAUUUUCCCCCCACACCUGUUAUGAGUUAUUUUAGCCAACGACGUUUGAUACGUUAGUCGAGAAGUUGAGCUUUGAGUUAAAACAUGUUUUGCUUACAACACAGUCAGAAAGACAAGCUUUAUUGGCAGAAUUAAUUGAUGGCAGGCUAAUUGGCUACUUUCCUGGAGCUGAGCAGGGAAAUCACCAAAUCUGAAGGCAGAUGAGGAGCAUGGAAUCCAAAUUGAAUCGUUUGAGUUCAAGGAAGUUAAAACGAUUUAAACGCCGUCUGAGGAAGAAGUAUGACAUCAGUGUGAGGAGGAUGGAAGUGAAAGCCAUUGUGUCAGUUAUGACAGACACAUAUAGAGGAGGUGCUCGUGACGUUGUGUCCUCAAUUCUAAAAUACGUCAACGGUCGGAGUAAACGGAGACGUAGACGGCAGGACAAUGAGAACGAUGGGAAUCUGACCUCAACUGCCAUUAACGAGGAGGUGGAUGACCAACAGAUGAGGAUCAUGGAAUCCAAAUUGAAUCGUUUGAGUUCAAGGAAGUUAAAACGAUUUAAACGCCGUCUGAGGAAGAAGUAUGACAUCAGUGUGAGGAGGAUGGAAGUGAAAGCCAUUGUGUCAGUUAUGACAGACACAUAUAGAGGAGGUGCUCGUGAAGUUGUGUCCUCAAUUCUAAAACACGUCAAAGGUCGGCGUAAACGGAGACGUAGACGGCAGGACAAUGAGAACGAUGGGAAUCUGACCUCAACUGCCAUUAACGAGGAGGUGGAUGACCAACAGGCGAUGGACGUAACACCGCUGUCUGAGGACAACCAGGCUGGAGGAGCACUCGUUGAACAUACUUCCAUCACAGCAACUAAUAGAAGCAACAUUUCUGCACCAAUAACAACUGGGAAUUCAGUUAAACGGGACCUGAUCAUUUAUUAUGGCCAUGACAGGCAGACAGGCGAGGACCCUGGACCAGAGAUGGUUGACCAGAUGACACAACCAGGACUGGUGCCACUGAAUGACCAGAGCAAGAAGAAAGAAAACACCAUUCGCCUCAAAGGCAAGAUCAAAUUAGCCCUUAAGAAGAAGUCCAGGAGCAUACUAGAGGGUGUGACACAAAGUAAAUCAGCCCUUAACAAGGUCUACACAGAGACUUAUAUGGUCACUUGUGAUUCUGCCACCGUCAAUAAAGAACAUGAGGUGUGGCAGGCUGAAACCGCACACCUCCAAGACACCUCGGAGGACUCGGUCAUAAAAUGUCAAGAUAUCUUCAAGCAUGAUAAAGAAGAACCCAUCAGAUGUGUGGUGACAAAGGGAGUAGCUGGCAUUGGGAAAACUGUGGCAGUCCAGAAAUUCAUCCUGGACUGGGCAGAUGGGAUAGAGAAUCAACAUCUAGACCUUUUAAUUCUCCUUUCUUUAUGGGAUCUAAAUGUGAUUAAACAUCGGCAAUGCAGCCUGCAUGGACUUCUUCAGGUCUUAUACCCUGUAUUUAAGGACAUAGACAUAAAGCUGUAUGAUGACCUUAAGAUUUUGUUCAUUAUUGAUGGACUGGAUGAGAUCCAUCUGCCACUGGAGUUUCAAAAAAACAUUCCUAUAUCUGAUGUGUUAGAAUCUGCUACCCUGGACGUUAUACUUACAAACCUCAUCACUGGCCGUCUUCUCCCUAAUGCUCUCCUCUGGAUAACCUCUCGUCCAGUAGCUGCCAAUCAGAUCCCUCCAGAGAGUCGUGAUCGAGUGACAGAGAUCAGAGGGUUCAAUGAUUCACAAAAGAAUGUGUACUUCACAAGGAAAAUCAGUGAUCCAUUGAUGGCCAGCCAUAUCAUCUCAGGCCUUAAAUCAACCCGGAGCCUCUACAUCAUGUGCCAUGUACCGUUGUUCUGCUGGAUAGCAGCAACUGUUUUUCAGGAUAUCCUGGGUAAAGUCGGCCCAAAGUCUAGAUCUUUAUCUACAACCCUUACUGAAUUGUACAUCCAUUACCUAGUGAACCAAACAAUUAUCAGUUUUAAGAAGUACGAUUCAACUCAUGAAGAUGGUAAAGAAAAUACUUUGUUUUGCUUCAAAGACGUAAUUUUCAAAUUGGGACAGCUAGCGUAUCAUAACCUGUUAAUUCAAAACGUGCACUUCACAGAACAGGACUUGAAGGACUGUGGUAUUAGUGUCAAGGAUGCUGCUAAAUGCCCUGGCCUAUGUACUGAAGUUGUACAAUUAGAGCAUGGACUGUAUCCCAAGAAACUGUACUGUUUCAUACACCUGAGUGUUCAGGAGUUCUUAGCAGCUCUGUACGCAUUUCAUGAAUUUGAAAACCGCAGGAUUGACUCAGUGAAAGCCUUAAUCAAAAAGAAGAAUGGAAGCACUCCCAUUGAUUUUUUAUAUUUUCUCAAAGGUGCUCUGGACAGUGCAUUAGAUAGUAAAAAUGGACACCUGGACCUUUUCACACGCUUCCUUGUCGGGAUCUCUCACGACUCCAGCCGGAACCUCCUUCAAGGACUUCUGGGAGAGACACUCAGCAGUUCAGAACACAACAAAAAGUUAAUUGGAUACAUCAAGAUAUUGAAAAGAAAGUCCCUCUCCCCAGAGAGAUGCAUCAACCUGAUCCACUGUCUGCUGGAGCUGAAGGACCCCAUACUGCAGAAUGACAACCAGGUACCGUCUUCUGACACGCCGCUAACUCCCUUUCAGUGCUCUUUCUUGGCAUUUAUCUUCAUGUCAGAGAAGCCUGAAGAGUUUGACUUCAGGAAUAAACAAACCUCGGAGGACGGUUUCUACAGACUGGCUCCUGCUUUGCGGUCUUGCUCUACAGCAUUGCUCAACUGUUGUCACAUGACACCACUGCUAUGUGCAACUGUGGCCUCAGUUCUCCGAUCUCCGAAUUCCUGUAUUACAGUCCUGGAUCUGGGCCACAACAACCUGGGCGAUGUAGGGGUGCGACGCCUUUGUGAUGGGCUGUGGAACGCCAACUGCAAGGUGAAAACUCUGAACCUCAGCCACAACAAUGUUGGAGAGCAAGGUGUCAAGGAACUCUGCAAAGUGCUGAUUCGUCCCACCUUGAAGCUUCUGACCUUGGACCUCAGCUGCAAUGACCUUGGGGACUUGGGGUUGGAGUCCCUUGCUUUUGCCCUCUACGAGCGUUGCACGCUGCAGGCACUGAGACUAUCUGGUUGUUUGAUCACAUUGCCUGAGACCGUGUCCUCUGUCCUGGUCAUAGCUUUGAGGUCCGACCCCUUCCAGAUGAAAGAGCUGGAUCUGAGCUACAAUCCCCUCGGGGACAUUGAAUUGGAUUUCCCUUUUCAGCUGAAGCUGAACCUGGAGCACAGAGGAGAGAGCAGGAAUAAGCCAGGUCUGCAGAAAUAUGCAUGUGAACUCACACUAGACCCCAGCACAGCGAACGAUUUCCUCGUUCUGUCUAAGGGGGACAAGAAGGUGACGCGCCAGAGCAAGAAGCAGUGGUAUCCCAUCACCCAAGACAGGUUUGAUAAAUGCAACCAGGUGCUGUGUAAGGAGGGCCUCGACAAGCGUCAUUACCUGGAGGUGGAGUGUCUACACAACGUUCACAUAGGCAUGGCCUACAAGGGAAUCGAGAGGAAAGGAACCGGUGAAAGCGUAACACUAGGAUGCAAUGCCAAUUCUUGGACUUUGUACGCCUCGAAGUAUAAGGGCCAUGCACAGCACAAAGACAUUCUACACAGGUUACAGCUCCCCAAAAUCAAAGCACAAGUGCCCUACAGAGUAGGAGUGUUUCUGGAUUGGCCGGCCGGCACUUUGUCCUUUUACAUGGUCAACCAAUUGGGCACAAUGACCCAUCUGUAUACAUUCCACACCACAUUCACUGAGCCUCUCUAUCUUGGGUUUGGACUGAACUCUCUGACCACAACCGUUCAUCUCUUAUAGUCACAGCCUACCACACAGUCUUACAGACAUGUUUUGCUGUAUCACAUGGUGGAGUGGGAGAGGGGUUUAGACAGUGGUGUAAAGUACUUAAGUAAAAAAUACUUGAAAGUACUACUUAAGAAGUUUUUGGGGGUAUCUGUACUUUACUAUUUAUAGUUUUGACUUGGACUACUUUUAAUUCACUACAUUCCUAAAGAAAAUAUUGUACUUUUUACUCCAUACAUUUUCCCUGACACCCAAGAGUAGUCAUUACACUUUGAAUGCUUAGCAGGACAGGAAAA